GUUCUUCUCGUGGCAUCAUCGUUCAUGACGCCAAUGGACGCCCGUCAAGGGACGAACCUGAACCGUGUCCGCAUGUUCGGUGCAGAAAAGCUGUCUCAGUCUUUUGCUAAGGAGAAGUGGGACCGUAUUAAGAUUGUAUGCACACAACCUUUUAACAAGAGUAUCCAGUACGGCCUUGCCUUUAUCAAACUGCACUCUCCCGAAGAGAAUACUUCCAAGGUGGAGCCUUCACCAAAGACUUCUUUGGGGAGUUUCCAGUUAAAAGACGAAGAAGAUGAAACCGAUCUUGCUGUUGGUGCGUGGUUUGCCAAGAGGAAAGAAAGAGCAUCUGCCGAUUCUUCAACCAGUCCCGCUGCAAUAAAGGCUGCCUCCUACGCAGCUACGGCGCUUCGGACCGCAGAAGAGAAAAGUUUGAAGCCAUCAAAGCCGGCCAGCAGUAGGAAGGAGACUACAGAGGAACCCGAAGAAAGUUCUUCGCCGCUGGCCACACGAAAACCACAGAAGCCUUCUACUGUGCAGACAUCUCAGAGGCCCGCCACAACGCCCGAGGCAAAGAAGAAACCCGCCGCUGAACAGACAAAGCCAAGAGAGACACAAAAACCUCAGACACCAAAAGCUCAGAAAAAGAAGAAAACAAAGCCCCCAAAGAAGUUUGAAGAGCUCAUGAAGGGUGUUGUGUUUGUGCUCAGCGGCUUCCAGAAUCCACUUCGUUCUCAAAUUCGAGAUAAAGCAUUAGAGAUGGGGGCCAAAUACAAGGCAGACUGGGACCGCUCCUGCACUCACCUUGUAUGUGCUUUCCUGAACACACCAAAAUAUGGCCAAGUGAAAGCAGCUGGUGGCAAGAUUGUUAAAAAGGAAUGGGUGAUUGACAGCUACAAAGAGAAAUGCCUCAAGCCCUGGCUCGAGUGA